GGUGCCACCGUGUGUGUGAGCUGUGCUGUUUUCCUUCUCUCUCUUGGUUACUAUGGUGCUGGUGUGUGAAAGCAGCUCCCCGGCUCCUCUCACACUCUGAGUCGACUACUGGCACUUUAAAGAUGCGUACAAGCAAAGAAGAACAACUGGAAAAUGAAGGGUUAAGGACGUGCUCCGUUCUGCAGGUUCAGUGGCAAAUAUGAACAUUUGUCAACAUUUGACAUCAGCUCCUUGGGACAUCAUGAAUUUGCUGGAAUCUAGAAGACAGAGCACUUGCAAUAGCGCUUUUUAAAUGUUAAUUUAAUUUAACUUAAAUAGUAUCAUCCAGAUUAAUUGUAGCGAUGGCUAGCAAAAGGAAAUCUACGACUCCUUGCAUGAUCCCAGUAAAAACACUGGUGCUUCAGGAAACUGAACUGGAGACUGUUGAAGAGGAACCCGAAGGAACACAGCAAGAUGCUCCCACUGAAGGGCUGGCCUCGAGCAAUGCUGGUGCCACCACCAGCAGCAGUGAAGCAUUGUCCAACGGGUACCGCAGCAUCACCGAUGGGGACUCUUACAUCUGCAAGGGCUGUGACUUUGGGUCUCAAGACGUUCAGCAUUUCUUCGGGCACCUGGACUCUGAGCACUCGGACUUCAGCAAAGAACCCACGUUUGUGUGCGUUGUGUGCAACUUUCUGGUGAAAAGCCAUGAAGGGCUCUCACAGCACAACGCAGAGUCGCAUGGCAGCGAAACGAGCUUUGUCUGGAGGGUGGCUAAGCAGGACAGUUGUACGGUUGUGGAGCAAAGCCUUGCGGAAGCUGCUGGCAGCCAUGACCCUCCGGGAGAGGUCCCUGAGGAAGUGGCAGACGGUCAGUCUGAAAUCAUCAUCACCAAAACCCCCAUCAUGAAGAUAAUGAAAGGCAAACCUGAGGCCAAAAAGAUCCACACGCUGAAGGAGAAUGUGCCGAGUCAGCUGGGUGCUGAGUCGGAGACAAAGGACGGAGAGGCUUCGUUCACCAGCGGCUCGGUGCCGGUCAGCCAGGCCACCACGAGUGCCACAAAAUCAUCUCAUGUAGUGAACGGCUCCAUCAUUGGAAAUGUGCCCGUUCUGCCAGCGGGUGUUGCACAGCUUGUUUCACUGCAGCAGCAGCCUCCCCUGCAUCAGCAGCUACCUACGUCCAAGUCCCUUCCCAAGGUGAUGAUUCCCCUGAGCAGCAUUCCCACGUACAAUGCAGCCAUGGACUCCAACAGCUUCCUGAAAAACUCUUUCCACAAGUUCCCCUACCCCACAAAAGCUGAGCUCUGCUACCUGACCGUGGUGACAAAAUACCCCGAAGAGCAGCUGAAGAUCUGGUUCACUGCUCAGAGGCUGAAGCAGGGCAUCAGCUGGUCCCCAGAGGAGAUAGAAGAUGCCAGGAAGAAGAUGUUUAACACGGUCAUCCAGUCCGUGCCGCAGCCCACCAUCACAGUGCUGAACACGCCUUUAGUUGCCAACCCUGGCAGCGUCCCACACCUCAUCCAGGCAACUCUGCCGGGCCACGUGGUGGGGCAGCCCGAGGGCACGGGCGGGCUGCUGGUCACACAGCCCAUCACGGCCAAUGGGCUGAAAGGCACCAGUUCCUCCUUCACCUUGGCAGUGAGCUCUGUCCCCAAGCCCCCACCGGCAGCUCAGCACAGCACGGUGAGCUCCGGCAGCGCCUCAGCACUGAAGGUGGUCACAGCCACCCCGUCGGUGCUCACCGCCUGCCCGGCCAUCUCCUCACAGACCUUCCUGGAUCCCAAUGUCUUCAAGAACAAAAAGUCUCACGAGCAGCUCUCUGCCUUGAAGGGCAGCUUCUGCAGGAAUCAGUUCCCUGGGCAGGCUGAGGUCGAGAGGCUGACAAAAAUAACUGGCUUGUCUACAAAGGAGAUUCGGAAGUGGUUCAGUGACAGGCGAUACCACUACAGGAACGUGCGAGGCGGCAGGGCCAUCUUCCCUGGAGACAGUGCUCUCGACUCUCUGCCUGAAAUUCCCUUUGAGGUGCCUCCCAAGGGAGUGGAGCUGACGCCUGCGGCCAUGCCAGUCUUGCAGCACCCGGGCAGGCGGCAGUCCUGGCACCAGGCACCUGACUUCACGGCCACCAAGUACAAGGAGCGCGCGCCAGAGCAGCUGAAGGCCCUGGAGAGCAGCUUUGCCCAAAAUCCUCAGCCCCCGGAGGAAGAGGUGAAUCGCUUGAGGGGGGAAACAAAGAUGACGCGGAGGGAGAUCGACAGCUGGUUCACAGAGAGGAGGAAGAAGAAGGUGGCGGAGGAGAGCAAGAAAGCGGAGGAAGCAGGGCAGCAACAGGAGGAAGAGGCUGAGAACGGCCGUGGGGAAGGAGAAGACUCUUUGGAUGACCUGAGGGCCCUGGGUGAGAACUGCUCGCUCGAUGCCUCUGCCAACAACCCCAACUCAGCCGAGCGCAAGGUGAGUCCCAUCAAAAUCAACCUGAAGAACCUCCGUGUGACAGAAUCCAACGGCAAGGGAGAGGCCCCCGGCACCACUGCAGGUGAGAAGGGGGACAGCGGCAGCAACCAGCCCCCCAGCCCUCCCAAACCCAAACUGAACUUUAAGAAAACAGCCCAGCAGCGGCACUUACUGAAGCAAAUGUUCGUGCAGACGCAGCGGCCGACCAACCAGGAGUACGAUGCCAUCGUGUCGCAGACCGGCCUGCCGCGGGCCGAGGUCAUCCGCUGGUUUGGUGACAGUCGGUACGGCUACAAGAACGGGCAGCUCAAAUGGUAUGAGAACUACCGGCGGGGCAUCUUCCCCCCCGGCCUGCUGGAGGUGAGCGCGGCGGGGCGGGAGGUGCUGGAGGAGCACUACAAGAAGCACAAGGCGCUGCGUGAGGAUGAUCUGCCUGGGCUCUGUGAGCGCACCCAGCUCAGCGCCCAGCAGGUGAAGGUGUGGUUUGCAGCAAAGGUGGAGGAGGAGACCCGGAGCACCUCUGAGGAUGCCUUCUCCAGCAGCGAGCAGUCGGGGAGCCAGAAAGGGCCACCUGAUGCUGGCUCGGAGGUGUUGGAGAACAGCGAGCCCUGGGAGCCGGGCGGUCCGGAGGGGGCAGCUGAGCCCCCUGGAGCCCCUGUCCAGCCACCUGCCACACAGCUCGAAACAGACUGAACUCAAACCACUUGUCCCAGAGGAUCCACUCUUACCUUUGAGAAGUUUUUGGUCUUUAAGAAGUUGAUGGGCCAGUCUGAUACAGACGUCAGGAACAGGACACGGUGAUAAAGCACUGCCAUAAAUGAGACCUUUGAGUGCAGCACGAGAGAGAGUGCGAGUGUAAACUGGGCACUGAGUGCAGAGCUCUGGCCCAGCCCAGGAGACGGCUGAGGGCUGGCAGAGAUGGGGGCUGUGGGCUCAGCUCACGCCCAAGAAAUAGGAUGCUCUUGUUUGCUUUUCAGUGGACGAACUUUCAGAUUUCAUAUUCAUAUACCGAUGCCUACAGCUGCCUAUACAAGCAUAACGAAUCUCAGACAUUGUGUAAACAAGGUCAUUGCUUAGAUAUGGACUAUUAUGGCACACUACAUUUUUUUCAUCUGUC